CUUCAACACCAAGAAGUCCAUAUCCGUCCCAAUUCAACGACGACACCCGCUCAAUUGAGCACAACCAUCCAUUCACAAUGCUAUCGCGACAUGCGCCCUCGCCCAAAGUGGUCUCAUCCCUCUCCACCCGCGUCCUCUCAAGCUCAGCGUGCGCUACCUCCAGAAUCGCAAGCUUUGCCCCCUCCCAGCAAACUCGAGGCCUUGCCACCGUCCAAGAUGCUCCCCCUCCACCAAAACGAGUGUACGGCGGCUUGAAGGAUCAGGAUCGUAUUUUUCAGAACUUAUAUGGACAUCACGGUGCCGAUUUGGCAAGUGCGAAGAAGUAUGGAGACUGGCAUAGAACGAAGGAUAUUUUGGCCAAGGGCCAUGACUGGGUAUGCACGGAGUCUUGUUGAUACUUUUGAUAUUUGGCUAUAGGAUAAUGUUGACAAUUGGAACAGAUCAUCUCUGAGAUCAAGGCUUCCGGUCUACGAGGACGUGGUGGCGCUGGAUUUCCUUCCGGAAUGAAAUGGGUAGGUAGCAGAUAUAUCCCGCCAUGGACGCUCGCUGACCUCGGUAGUCCUUCAUGAACUUCAAGGAUUGGGACAAAGACAACAAACCACGAUAUCUGGUAGUCAAUGCUGAUGAGGGAGAGCCAGGAACCUGCAAGGAUCGUGAGAUUAUGCGAAAGGAUCCCCAUAAGUUGAUCGAGGGAUGUUUGGUUGCCGGUCGCGCAAUGAACUGUACUGCUGCAUAUAUUUACAUUCGUGGCGAGUUUUACCAUGAAGCGACCGUCCUUCAGCGCGCAAUUCAGGAAGCCUACAAGGACGGAUUGAUUGGUAAAAACGCUUGUGGUAGUGGCUACGAUUUUGAUGUCUACCUCCAUCGAGGAAUGGGAGCAUAUGUAUGUGGGGAGGAGACUUCUCUCAUUGAGUCCUUAGAGGGAAAGCCUGGAAAGCCCCGUCUAAAGCCUCCGUUCCCAGCUGCCGUUGGCCUUUUUGGAUGCCCAUCAACAGUAGCCAAUGUCGAGACCAUUGCUGUAGCACCAACUAUUUGCCGAAGAGGUGGGAGUUGGUUCGCUGGGUUUGGACGAGAGCGAAAUGCUGGAACGAAACUUUUCUGUAUUUCUGGCCACGUCAACAACCCAUGUACCGUUGAGGAAGAGAUGAGUAUUCCUCUCCGUGAGCUCAUCGACAAGCACUGUGGUGGUGUUCGAGGAGGUUGGGACAACUUGAAGGCUGUCAUUCCUGGUGGAUCAUCUACCCCUAUUCUGCCAAAGAAUGUGUGUGAUGAGCAACUUAUGGAUUUUGAUGCUCUGAAAGACAGCCAGUCUGGUUUGGGUACAGCAGCAGUUAUCGUCAUGGAUAAGAGUACCGAUGUGGUUCGAGCCAUUUCGAGAUUAAGUCACUUUUACAGACACGAAUCAUGUGGUCAAUGUACACCAUGUAGAGAAGGAAGCAAAUGGACGGAACAAAUCAUGAAGCGAUUUGAGAAAGGUCAAGGUAGAGAAAGAGAGAUUGACAUGUUGCAAGAGCUUACAAAGCAGGUGGAGGGCCACACUAUCUGUGGUAAGUUUUCGCAUCACUAGCGAAUUACUCAUCCAUUACUAAUUACAUCGAUAGCGCUCGGUGAGGCUUUCGCAUGGCCCAUCCAGGGUCUUAUUAGACACUUCCGUCCCGAGUUAGAGGCAAGGAUGAAGGAUUUUGCGGAGAAGAAUGGAGGUCCUGCGCUUGCUGGGGGUUGGCAACAUAAUGCCUUGGAGCAAGGCAAGUUGAUUGCGCCGGGGCAGUAGAUGGGAAAUGGGUUUGUAGUGUGAAUAGGGGCAAUCUUGUAUUUAUUGAUAUUGGCAUGAUCACGUUUCCCCCCCCCCUUCAUCUCUCCGUCCGGUCUUGGACUGGCAUUCUCUGUUCCUAUGAGGGAAGAGGGGGUGGAGGAGGUAGUAACGCAAAUUUUCCUUUUGUGGGUAGAGGUAGCUAGCUGGUGGAGCGAUGGUUAAAAUGCAUUUUUUGGUUUAAACUUGGAUUUUAU